GGCCUUCUUUUGCUAAAUUCCUGGAACUUGUGAGACGAGCAAAACCGUCUCAAACUUGCAAAACAGCGUUAUAGCAGUUAAAAAAAUCUCAGGUACUACAAUGAACAAAGAGUUGGAACCGCUUUUAGGCCCAACAAGAUUUGAGGGCGUUCUGUUUACUGAAAUAACUGUUGAAGAUGUUGGAAGAAAAGUAAGAGUAAGAAACGACCCGCACAGCCGAACAAACCACUACAUCAAGCAAUCUAAACCGUAUUACCCUGGAAGGAAACUAUCCACUUACUUGAAUUUCCCUGGAAUCAAGAAUAUAACCAUCAUGUUGUGGUUUUGCACGUUUUUCGGAGCCUUGGCUAUGCUGGACGAAUGCUCUCCUGUUUUAGGCUGGGUCCCAGUGUGUUGUUUUGUAGUGAGCGCCUUUGGGAUAUCUUUGUUCGCGCAACAUGAAACAGUGUCAUGGAAAACUCUACGGCUUGUUCUUAAACAACCCGUUUUCCAGGAUCAAAAAGAUGCCAAUGCCUUUUACAGAGUCACCGUGAAUGAGCUAACAGGAGUAGCUCUCCAGAAUUAUUAUAAUGGUUAUGGAUGUGUGCAAGUUCAAGAGGGAUUGAUUCAGUUCCAAGCAUUCAACCCAGAGGCCGUUAGAAGCAUGUUCACAGCCCGACGCUUCUCUCGUUUUAUGCUUUUUCUCUACUUCUUGGCUGGCGUCUAUAACUUUUAUUUUAUAAUGUUCUACUCUCUUGGUUUAAGAUUUUAAUAAUCUGUACCUUGGAGGGGAGGGGAGAGGCUAUUUAUGGAGGCCAAUUCUGGCUUUCACAAUUUUGAAAUAUUCUUCAUGUUUUCUGUGAAAAAUCAUCAAGAAUGUUACAUAAUUGACUGGGAGUAAACUGUUGACAAUGCAGCUUUAAAAUAUAUUUUACUUUUGCAUGUAAAAAUUCAAGUGUGGUUUAGUCAGGUCUCCAGCCACAUAUUUGUUUUGGGAAAUAGAAAUUAUAGUAUUUCCAAAUUGACAAUUGCAGGAUUGGAAGUUUAGGCAAAUAUUUUUUCAGAUGAUUAUUACACACACUCAUGCUCACACACUCUAUCUAUUACACAAAGUAGUAUCACUGUUAGUAGUAUUAUUAGUAUUACACAAACUGUGUUUCACCCAAUCAUUUGGGUAGUUAAUUAGCUAAUUUUAGAAUGCUGCAAGCAUGAAUAAAUUUAUAUAUUAUUUUUAGGUUAACAGAGCAAGAGAGGGCCAUUAGUAAGAAAACUUACAAAAGCCCAAAAUGCAUUACUCUCUGUAAAUAAAUUGAUUCUAUUGUAGUGUGUGCACGUCACUAAAAUAUGGAGGAUUUCCUUGGUAUUUUUAUGUGUGUGUGUGUGUGUGUGUGUUUACCUGAUUUUCAUGUACUAGGGGCUAGGUGUACUCUUUAACACAUCCGUAAAUCAGGGAAUUAAUAGGACCAUAGCAGAAGGUGGAUGUUUUGGGGCAAAAGCCCCCCCCCCCACCAACCUGUAAGGGGAGUAUAGUAUUGUUUGUAUAAUGUUCAGUGUUGAAAAUAAAGGUAUAUUUUUAAAAAAA